CGUUGGGAUCUGGGCUGGACAGGAAACGACGGAGACGCGCAGCGUGUCUCCUCAGCAGCUCCGGGAGAGAAGAAUGGGAAAGGGAAUGGGACUCUGUAUGUAGACGAGGCAGCGUGUGAAAACAUGAAGACAACGGGCAGUUUUUAAGCUACAUUCCUCUUUAAAACACAUAAUUACACAUAUCACAUCAGGAGUUUUCCCUGUUUUCCCCCCCUGAGGGCAGGGAUAUUGGCUGCCAUUGGACAACAGAGGAGAGGAGAGGAGAGAGGACCCUCUUUGUGAAUCUCAUUUGGCUGGGAUAAAAGCCGGUCACAGAGUGGAGUGGUGGUUUCAUCUGACCUUUAACCUCAGUAGGAAGAAGGGAAAGCCACUUCAGAGAUGGAACAGGUAUCAGAUGAUGAGUUGGACCAUGGAGCAGAAGAGGACAGCGAUAAGGAGGACCAGGACUUGGACAAGAUGUUUGGUGACUGGCUGGGAGAGCUGGACAAACUCACACAGAGUCUGGAUGAUGGCAGGCCCCAGAAACCACUGCAGAAGCCUCCUCUCAGGCAGGAGACAAACAUGGCCAACUUCUCCUACCGCUUCUCAAUGUACAACAUAAACGAGGCGUUGAACCAGGGCGACACAGUGGACCUGGACGCCCUGAUGGCCGACCUCUGUUCCAUCGAACAGGAGCUCAACACCAUUUCCAAACCGAACUCAACGUCUCGCGGCCAGAGCAAAGGCCAGCAGCGGGGCCCUGGGGGGCGCAGUGCAAGCACCAAGCACGCAGGCACCAGUGGAGGGGGCAGUAGUGGAGGAAGUGCCAGUAGCAGCACCCGGGCAUCACCGGCCAACACAGUACGAGGCGGCAGCAACAGCGCCCGCCCCGCCGCCUCUAACAUCUCCCUCGAUGACAUCACCUCUCAGCUGGAGAAAGCGUCUCUCAGCAUGGACGAAGCGGCACGUCAGACCUCUUCCUCCUCGUCCUCGUCCUCUUCUUUCUCCUCCACCACUCUCCGGCGGCCCUCGUCGGGGUCGUCUGGUGGCGGGCAGCACCGGAGGACGGGCUCGGUAGGCACGGUCAGCGAGCAGGAAGCUCCGUCCCAGCGGUCCAGUGUGAACUCAGCGUGUGCCUCGGCGUCCAGCAUGGACUCCCUGGACAUCGAUAAAGUGAUGGCGGGGGGAGAGGUGGAGGGGCAGAGCAGCCCAAGCACGCAGGGACAAAACCAGACCAGCACAGAGCAUGUCACACUGCGACGGGCCAGACGGCAGCUUGAGUUCACCUCACGAGAGGGUGAAGUGGAUCGGGCCACUCACUCCUAUCUGGACCGAGAAACCUCGCUCAUUCUGAAAAGCAUAGCUGGAAAGCCUUCUCACCUCCUGACCAAGGAGGAGCAAGCUGCCAAAUUGAAGGCAGAGAAGAUCCGAGUCGCCCUGGAGAAAAUCAAGGAGGCACAGGUCAAAAAGCUGGUGAUCAGGGUCCACAUGUCGGACGAGAGCUCCAAGACCAUGAUGGUGGACGAGCGGCAGACAGUCAGGCAGGUGCUAGACAGCCUGCUGGAUAAGUCGCACUGUGGUUACAGCCCGGACUGGUCUCUAGUGGAAACCAUCAAUGAGCUACAGAUGGAGCGUAUUUUUGAGGAUCAUGAGAACUUGGUGGAAAACCUAUUAAACUGGACCCGGGACAGCCACAACAAGCUUAUGUUCAUCGAACGCAUCGAGAAAUACGCUCUUUUCAAGAAUCCUCAGAACUACUUGUUGGGGCGGAAGGAGACAUCCGAAAUGGCUGACAGGAAUAAAGAAGCUUUAUUAGAGGAGUGUUUCUGUGGUGGCUCGGUGUCGGUGCCAGAGAUCGAGGGUGUCCUGUGGCUGAAGGAGGAUGGGAAGAAGUCGUGGAAGAAGCGCUACUUCCUCCUCAGAGCUUCAGGGAUCUACUACGUCCCCAAAGGGAAAGCCAAGGCAUCUAGAGAUCUGGUGUGCUUCCUCCAGUUGGACCAUGUUAACGUGUACUACGGCCAGGACUACCGCAGCAAAUACAAGGCUCCCACUGACUACUGCCUGGCCCUGAAGCAUCCACAAAUCCAGAAGAAGUCGCAGUACAUCAAGUAUCUCUGCUGUGAUGAUGUCAGGACUCUGCACCAAUGGGUGAACGGAAUUCGCAUCGCCAAGUAUGGGAAGCAGCUAUAUGUGAACUACCAGGAGGCCAUGAAGAGGACUGAGGCGGCUUACGAUUGGUCGUCUCUCUCGACCUCCAGCAUCCGAUCAGGCUCCAGUUCUGCCAGCAUACCUGAGUCCCAGUCUAAUCAUUCAGGCCAUUCAGACAGUGGGGUGGACACAGGCUCUUCUCAUGGCCGGUCCCAGAGUGUGGUGAGCUCCAUUUUUUCUGAGGCCUGGAAGAGAGGUACCCAGAUCGAGGAGAGCACCAAGAUGAGAAUGGAGGCAUCCAGAGGGGCCACGCUGCCGCAUGCUUCCCACAGUCACCGGCAUCACAGCCAGCAUUCAGUGGAUCAUCCUGCCCUGACGCCGCCUCCGCAGCAUCAGCCGCAGCCGCCUCCGCAGCAUCAGCCGCAGCCACCCCUGCAGUUGCCUCCGCAGCAUCAGCCACACCCUCAGCAUCAGCCGCAGCUGCCUCCGCAGCAUCAGCCGCAGCUGCCUCCGCAGCCCCAGCCCCAGCCCCAGCCCCAGCCCCAGCCCCAGCAUCAGCCCCAGCAUCAGCCCCAGCAUCCACCGCAGCCUCAGCACCCAUCAAUGCACCCCCAGACACCGACCCAGCACCCAUCAAUGCAUCCCCAGCCACCAACCCAGCACCCAUCAAUGCAUCCCCAGACACCAACCCAGCACCCAUCAAUGCACCCCCAGACACCGACCCAGCUGCAACACCAUCACCUGCCUCCCCAGCCUCAGUCUCCUCAACAGGCCCCACCACCACCACUCCAGUUGCCUCAGCGCCCUCCGCAAACGCCACAGUCCCCUCAACAGCAGCAACUGCCGCAGACCAUCGGCAACUACAACCACAUCCCCCCACCGCAGCAACAGGUUGCUGCUCCACCCCCGCCUCCUCCGCCGCCGCCGCCGCCUCCCCCUCCCCCCCCACCCCCAGUUCAGAUGGUGUCGCACCACUCGCCGGCUCCCACCAUGUACAAGUACAGCACGAUCACCAGGCUGCAGAACCAGAAGGCCUCCCAGGCUGCCAAUCACCACAAGCUGCCCAUUCACCUCCAUGCGACAGCUCAGCAAGUUUUGCCCCCAGUUCCAACACCGCCUCCAGCUCAGGCCAAACCCAAUGUCAAUCACAUUGCUGCAAGGACUAAUGUCCCGCCUCCCCCUCCUCCUCCCCCUCCACCAUCCAUGCCAACCCCUGGGUCAGCCAUGGCUGUGUUGAAGCUGGGCCCUCCCAGCCCCGCUGCCCCGCCCUCCUUCAUUCCUCCUCCCCCAGCACCUCUAUGUGCUCCACACACCAAUGGAGUAACAUUUCCUCCCCCCUCCUCCCCCGCCACACCCUGCUGCACUGGCUCCCAUGAGCUUGAGUCAGCCCAUUUACCCCAACGGGCUGAAGCAGGUGCUGAAGGAAAGGUUUCCCAGCCCGCCACGCGACCUCCUCUGUCCAAAUGGAGGCCUUGAAGAGUCCCCGCCACCUGCCCCGGCUCCACCACCCCCACCCCCUCCACCUCCACCUCCACCACCACCUCCUCCUCCUCCCCAGCA